CCCAGCUGCCUUGCCGAGGAGCUUUUAAGGAUCAGGGAAUAAUCCCAGCUAUCCCAGCGGCUCCCCUGGCUUGAGCAGGAACAACUCAAUGACUAGAACCCGGGCUCAAUGGUGCCAAGCCGCAUAUCUGGGUGGUAGAUGGGACAAUUACUAGAGCCCGAGAAGUACCAUUUCCAAACUCCUUAAAUUAUGGAAGGCCAAAAAACCUCAAAAGACAUUAUUCCCACAUAUCAGCAGGCUAGCUCUUCAAGCUCACCAGUCCAACAGCAGCCAGUGUCUAUCAAAUUAAAGCAAUCUACAAAGGAAGAACAGUUGCCCACACAGAACUGUCCACCUGGGUUGGAAUGUCUAAGUGAGUUAGAAAAGAUAAUGAUUCAUCAGAAAGUUCAACUUCUGGAAGUCUGCCUAUGUAUUGAAAAAAAUAACAAAUAUGUACUUACAAACAGUCUUGGAGAGAAGAUUUAUAAGGCAACAGAGAAUAAUUGUUUCUGUACACGAAUGAUACUUGGAUACUGUAGGCCUUUUACCAUAAAGAUUUGUGAUCUUACAAACCAAGAAGUUAUAACUCUGGAGAGACCACUAAGGUGCAACUGGCUGUGUUCCCACGGAUGCCUUCAGGAGAUAAAAAUCUGCACUCCCUCUGGAAUUCUAAUAGGCUAUGUUUCUCAGAAGAGGCAUGCAUUUCUGCGAAAGUUUACAAUUCAAGAUGAGGAAAGAAAAGAUAUACUAAGAAUUGUUGGUCCAUUUUUUUGGUGCACCUGUUGGAGAGAUAUUGAAUAUAAGAUUAAAUCUCUUGAUGAAAAAAUAGUGGUUGGCAAUAUUUCCAAGCUCUUUUCUGGUUUAAUAAAAGGAUUAUGCACAGAUUACAGUAACUAUGCCAUUCAGUUCCCUUCAGGUCUUGAUGUCAAAAUGAAAGCUCUGGUAAUCGGCGCAUGUUUCCUCAUUGAUUUCAUGUUUUAUGAGCGCUGUGCCAUCUUCAAACUGUGCAUAAACAGAAUAUUGAUUUCUUAAGACUCAAGAAAUUUGAAGUGUCUGCACUGACUGGAACUUUUUAAAGGAAUAACUCCGUGAUUUUUUUUUUGUCUUGAAAAUAAGUAUUCCUCUUUGAAUUACUCUAUGAUGCCUAUAAUCCAGGCAUGUGAUUGCUUUCAAUUAAAAACUUUAUUUUUCUGUACUUACAAA